AUGGAAAUAGAUGUCGGAGACGAAAAUGAUUCGUUGAUGGACGAGAACCUGCCGACGACGGUCGAGGCGUUGAUGCAGCAUUCAGAGAUUAGACGACAGCUACGGAGUCAACCUGUAUAUAUGAAAUACUUUUGGAAGUUGUUGUUGAUCAUUUCAGUAUUCUACUUCCUACCAUCGAUUCAAUUCGUCUUCUUCCAAUAUCAAGACAAGGCUCAAUGUUACUUCAACUUUAAGUGUGCACAUGAGUUCCUUGGUCUACGAGCAUUUAACAAUGUCAUUAGUAAUGCAGCGUAUAUAGUGGCGGGAGGAGCAUUCCUGCUGAUAUUACACUUUACACAACCCAAGGAGGACGGUGUACAUGGUCUGCACACUGACAUGUCAUUGUUCUAUUGUCUUGGCAUCAGCGUACUCUGUGAGGGAUUCUCAUCCGCUCUCUAUCACAUCUGUCCAUCCAAGCUCAAUUUCCAAUUUGAUACAACAUAUAUGUUGAUUGGAUCAGGGCUGCUAUUCUUCACAAUACAUCAGAAGAGACACGCUACAUUCACAACAGGGGCAUUCAGAGCAUAUGCUUUCUUUGCCAUCUUCAUCUUCCUUGACUUCCUGUCACUGACCUCAAUCAAUGUAUAUAUCUUCUGGACAGUGUUCUUCUUGAUAUUCGCCUAUGUCUCAAUAGCUGGAUCAGGUUACUUGCUAUCACAUAAGCGACUGCAGCUAAACCCAUCAGUCAAUGCUCUUUGGAUAUAUCUAUUGCAAUUGAGACAUCCAAGAACCAUCGAUGACAAGCCAAGGUUCUUCUCAAUUCUUAUUGCAUUGGUAUUGAACUGGGCAUUGGUUAUAACCUCUGCAGCAUUAGGAAUAGUCAACAAUCUAUCCAAUAACUUCUCCAACCUCAUACUAGGUGUUAUAGUUCUCAACUUCUUGAUAUACCUCUUCUAUUAUAUUGCGAUGAAGAUCAAGUAUAAUGAGAGGAUUCACCCGAUGAUAUGGAUCAUAUUCAUGAUAAUGAUCUUAUGCUGGGGAUUUGGAUUCUACUUCUUUGAGAUUGCAGUCACCAACAAGUUCCUUUCAUUCGACGAGUCGAUGAAGUUGAACAAACCAUGCGUUCUAUUCGACUACUUUGAUACUCACGACGUAUGGCACUUCUUCUCGGCAGUUGGUCUCUUCACAGUGAUGUCCAUCGUAUACUUCAUCGACUAUGACUUGCAGUAUACUCCCAGGUCAUUAAUACACGUAUUCUAG